UGUCACCACUCAUGAAUAACACAGAAAGCACUUACCAUGGCUAAAAGCAAAGAUGAUAUAAAAUAUGGAACAGCACAAGCAAGAGUAUCACCAGAUGAAGCAGUGAGAGUAGUCUACAAGCAUGGUACACCACUUGAAGGAGGAAAAAUAUCAGAUUCUGAGAGAGUUGAUUUGUUUUCAAGUGCACAAAAUGUUUCAAAGAGUGACCAACAACAACAAAGCUCAGAUUCUAAUCAAUCUCAGCUGCAACGUGAUGAUACAGGAGGAGGAGGAGGAGGAGAUUCUACUGAUUUUACUACCGGAGCUCCUUGCUUGCCUGAAAAGAACAAACCUCCAACACUUGGCCAUAAGUUUUGAUGAUAAAAUAAGAAAGAGAAAUGUUACUCAUAAUGUGCUCUAUGUAUAUUAAUUUUAACUUUGUUUUCCUGUUA